CAAACGUCAAAUAACAUGACCGUAGCACCUGCUUUCACUCGCACAUCAGCUGUUUUCUAUUUGUGAUUCGGCGGCACCUGACUGAUUAUUAUUUUGCGUCUUAAAAACUCACGAUGUUCAACCCGGAAAGUGCCGGCCUUAGUCCGGACUUCCGGCUAACAAAGUUCUCCACGCUACGAGGGUGAGGUUCGAAGGUUCCUCAAGAUGUCCUAAACCGACUUCUUGCAGGAGUGUACGCAGACCAGUUAGGUGAUAAGGUUGGGGAGCAGAAGAAGGACGCGGAGGAUGGUGUUGGGAUAGGAUUGGAUUCAUCUGUAAUAGCGCUCAAACAUGACCUCUUUUUGGUACAGUCGGUUGAUUUCUUCUAUCCGCUUAUCGACGAUCCGUUUAUGCUGGGCAAGAUCGCGCUGGCGAACGUUGUCAGUGACGUGUUUGCGGUCGGUGCAACGGAAAUCGAUCAGAUAAAGCUGAUUGUUACCGCUCCGACCGAGUUUACCGAAAAGGAACGUGAGGUGGUGGUACCGAUGGUGAUGAAAGGAUUCUUGGAAGCUGCGAAAGAAUGCAAAGCACCGGUACAGAUUGGCAGUAUUGCGGAAAACCCUUGGUGCAUUAUUGGUGGCGCUGCUUCGGCUGUCUGCCAUCGGUCGGAGUUGAUAAUGCCAUACAACGCCGAAGAAGGUGAUGCGAUCAUUUUGACCAAACCGCUCGGUACACAGCUGGCCACGAAUGCUUACAUCUGGAUGAACGAAAAGUCCGAAAACUGGACGCGUCUCCAGGAGCGUUUCAGUGUGGCCGACAUUGAAGAAACGUAUCGCAUCGCACUGGAAUCGAUGGCUCGGCUAAACAAAACGGGAUCGGAAUUGAUGCGAAAGCAUAACGCACACGCAGCCACAGACGUCACGGGCUUUGGCAUCUAUGGGCAUGCCGAGAAUUUGGCAUCGUUCCAGAAGGCCGAGGUUGAUUUCCAUCUCGACACGCUUCCGAUCAUCAAAAACGUACGGGAAAUAGCGGACAUUCUUGGUCGUAGCACAAAACUGUUGGCCGGCAAGGCAGUAGAAACGAGCGGAGGAUUGCUGAUAUGUUUGCCAAGCUCUAGCGCGGCUGCCUUUUGCGAGGAGUAUAAACGUUGUACCGAACACGAGGCAUGGAUUGUGGGGCGCGUUGAAAAGGGAAGCAGAGGUGUAAAGAUGAAUCCAAAUGUUAACAUUUUAACUGUGAGAGAAUCGUAAAAUCAAAGCAGAGCGCAAAUGACUUGGCUGUGACUUCAAGCGUAUGAAGCGAAUUCCGUAAAGGCUGCAAAUGCUGGGGAGUUUGCGAAAGCUUUCUUGAACCAUUGUCCAACUUGUUUGCGUUCUGCGCGAUUUGAAUAAAGCAUAUAAUGCAAAUGUAAUCUUUGAAAAUACAACCACCAACUGAUGCUUUUUAGAGCAUUCGGAAAA